CUGUCGCAAUAAAAUAAUCGUGAUAUUUUGGGUGACUAAUUGUCCCCAGACAUCGUAUGCUACCCACAUAAACAGUGUCAAACUCACUUAGAAAUCUCAGAAGAAGUCAAAGAUGGGAUGUAUUAUCGGAUCCUUGGCUGGGACGGCUGCUUGCUGCUGUGGAAGUGCAGCAUGUGGGUUGUGCUGCGCAGCAUGUCCGUCGUGCAAGAACUCCACGGCAGCCAGAAUUGGUUACGCUUUCAUGUUGCUGAUAGGAUCAAUUGUUGCUAUGAUUAUGCUGGCACCAGGCCUUGUACAGCAGUUGGAAAAGAUACCAGGCCUGUGUAAGGAAUUCAUAACAGGUGAAUCGAAUAAGAGAUGUGAAGACUUGGUAGGGUACCUGGCAGUGUACCGUGUUUGCUUCGCUAUGGCCGCCUUCUUCUUCCUCUUCAUGCUGAUUAUGUUAUGUGUUAAGAGUUCGAAGGAUCCAAGAGCCAAAAUUCAGAAUGGGUUUUGGUUUUUCAAAGUCCUCAUCAUGGUUGGUAUUUGUGUGGGAGCCUUCUUCAUCCCAGGCACUGGACAGUUUUCCACUGCCUGGCUUUACAUUGGGCUCGUUGGAGCGUUUCUCUUCAUCAUCAUUCAGCUGAUUCUAAUCGUGGACUUCGCUCAUGGAUGGAACGAGAAGUGGGUGGAUAGAUAUGAAGAAACAGAGUCUAAGGCGUACUGUUGUGGUCUGGUGUUUUUCACGGGCCUCUUCUAUGUUCUCACCAUCACCGCUGUUGUUCUGUUCUACGUCUACUACGCUUCACAUGCCGACUGCACAAUCCACAAGUUCUUUAUCAGUUUCAACCUGAUCCUGUGUAUUCUGAUCUCCAUCAUUGCUAUCCUCCCUCGAGUACAGGAAGCCCAGCCCCGUUCAGGUCUGCUUCAGGCUGCUCUAAUCAGCCUCUACGUCAUGUACCUCACCUGGUCAGCCAUGUCCAACAACCCAAACAGGAACUGCAACCCUACAUUCCUGAACAAAACUGGUGACUCUGUGCCCAACAGUCAGGGGGAUGGGGUAAAGGCUGGGUUUGACGGGGAGAGCAUCAUUGCUGCCCUCAUCUGGCUCUUUGCUGUCCUCUACUCCAGUAUUCGCACUUCUAGUAACAGUCAAGUGGGCAAACUGACACUGUCAGAGAAAACCAUUCUCCAGACUGAUACAGGAACUGGAAGCAGCAGCUCAGAGGACAAAGAGAAAGGACAAAACGUGUACGACAAUGAAGAGGAGGGCGUGGCUUACAGCUAUUCAUUCUUCCACUUCAUGCUCGCGUUGGGCUCCCUGUAUAUUAUGAUGACUCUGACCAACUGGUACAAGCCAACAUCUGACUUCAAGACCCUGAACUCUAACUACCCGUCUAUGUGGGUGAAGAUUGCUUCAAGCUGGGUGUGCAUCCUCCUGUACGUCUGGACCUUAGUUGCCCCGAUCAUUCUUCGCAAUAGAGAGUUUGCCUAAAGGGGUACAACUCUGGCUUCUCAAGGAAAUCGAUUGAGAUAAGAUUUGUCUUGGGACUCAAAUGUACUGGUGAAAUUGUUUUGUUCCUUGUCUUAUUUUUGGUCCAGAAUGAAUUAAAUCUGGGUUUCAUAUUGAUUAUUCCCACCUGUAAUGAUUAAAGUAAAAAUCUUCCUCAUCUGAUUUUUUUUUUUUUUGAAUGACCUCUGAUUAAAAAAAACAAAAAAAGUUGCCAGCAGUGUUGGGUCUGGAAAGCCAACUGGUGGUGUUUUUAUUUAUUCAUUUGUGUUUUUUCAUUUUCUGCGAGAAAAAAAGUGAUGUUUAAGUAUACUGAACAAUGUAUCAGAUUCUUUUGCAAAUAACUUUCUUUUCUCUGUAUAAAAUAACAUAAACUGUAAAGCGUAAGUAGGAAGGUCUGCCAGCAACCUGUGGAUGGUCGUGGGUUUCCCCCGGGCUCUGUCCGGUUUCCUCCUACCAUAAUGCUGGCCACUGUCGUAUAAUUGAAAUAUUCUUGAGUACAAAUCAAAUAAAUAAAUAAAUAGAUUGUCAAGUGCUUUUUAAAAGCACUUUUAGGUCUUAAGAUUUAGCAGGAAAGGACCCAGGCUGCAGCACUUGUUAGAGAUUUUAUACAUAAACUACUCUAUAAAUACAACAAUAUGAGAUAUCCCCUGUAAAAUGCCGUGUUUUUAGUGCUUGUGGUUGCCCCAGUGUGAUUCCAAUGCUUUGUGUACAGCUGGGCAAAAUGUGUUGGUCAGCUGAUGCAAAGCCUGUGACUUUCAAAUUUUAAUGAACACUGUUGGCUUACAUUUUAUGUGACAAACAUUGUAAAUAAUGCUAGAUGAUGCAUGUGUUUCUGUACAAUAUUGGGAGUUAAGUGGGAGUGGAGUGUAUGGUAAUGGUUGGUUUUUUAAAAGCAAAGGUAAUGUUAGAACCGGAAUGAAAGUUAAGAGGUGUAAUGUAUUUCGUCCAAAGUUUAGCAUUUUUCAGGUGAUACAUUAAUUCUGAUUGAUUCAUGCAACUUACAGGG